UGUUCUUCUGCUUGCACCCUUCUUCAUUGUUCACUGUCUUUGCUUUCCUUCUCUUUUCUCUCUCUCACUCUGCUCAUAUUUUGAAACCAAACCCACCUGCUCUAGUACAUCUGUAAGCACUUCAAUUACUGAUUCAUCUGAUCCUAUAUUCUUUUUUGUUGCUGGUUUUUCUUAUGUAUUCUUUGGCUAGUGGGUAAACAGAAAAACAUGUUAAAGGUGAAGUUUUUAAUUGAAUUGGGGCUUGGAUCUCUGUCAUGGAACUUGCGUUUGAAAUCCAAUCUUAUGGGGGGAAAUUGGUGUUGAGGGCAUAGCAUCUGCCAGAAGCUCUUAGCAGUUCUGCAUAUCUUCAGUCACACAGGAAGAAAUCAGCAUGCGUUGGUUUGGUCUUUUGGUUGAUGUGUUCCGCCAAGUUGUACGCUUGAACUUGUAUUGCAAAGUUAUUCUAUAGGUCACACCAUUCCCAUAAAUCCUCAAUUUUGUUCCUUUUGGUCCCUUAUUCUUAUCUACUGCCAUGGAAGCCAGCCGCUGUUUAAUCAUUUCUUCAGAUAAGUAUAGAAUUGGCUAAAAGAUAGGAAGUGAAGGCAGAGCCUGUUAUUUUGUGUCUUCAGUGUUGUCCUCGUGUCAUAUAAUUCUCUAGUUCUAGCUGAUUUUGAUUUUAUAAUUAGCUUGGUGCCUUCAUUAUCAUAUUCUAUUGGGGAAUUUUUUGGAGUUGUGCAUUACGCUCAGAUUGAUUGAGUAGUGUGGUGAGGACCAAAAGAAGUUAUGGUGUGCCAAGCAGCAGGCCAGACAAGAUUUCGGACAUUAAAACAUGAGAAUGGCAUCGAAGGUGAACCAGCAAUUAUUGUUAGAGUGAUAGCAUGUUUUCAACCCCUGCACGAUUGUCAGGCUGAGUACUUCCGUAAUUUGCUUAAGCCUGUCACGUAGAUUGCUUUGCAUUUAUUUCUCUUUAAGCUGGAGUUUGUGUAGUUUGCUAUUUCUAUCAUUUGUUCCUGAGUGAAGCAGCAAGUUAUUGAAGAUCCCACAUCAAAGCACCAUAACAUCUACUGGUCAUUUUUUUGGUUGGAUUGGAUGGUUAAGGAUCAUAGGUUUUGGCCUUGCCCACAUCACGUGGCUUGGUCAUCACCUUACUCAAAUUGUUCCUGCAUGUUGCCCGAGCUCAAUUCGUUUGGUCAUUCAGUAUGUCUGAAUCCUAGCACAUGCAUCUUUCCUGCUGUCAGUGCAUUUCGGGGAUUCACAGCUCUUUCUACCCCGAGCCUGAAGAUUGAGCAGACCAAUGAAGUGCAAGGAUUCCUUCAGUAUCCCAAUUCAGAACCAUGUUUGAAAGAAACACAUACUGAAGGGACUAUGCAAAAUGCAAAUCAUAUAUCUUUGCAGAAGAAGUUACUUAUUUUUGACCACUCUGGUAAUAAGACAAGGUUGUUCUAUUGUCCUGCCUUCCCUCUUGUUCAGAGUCCAAUUGUUACUGCUAAACAAUUUUCUCAAGCUUAUGAUGUAAAUGUGGAAGGACGGGCAACUAAUAUGGGUCAAAAGCAUUUUCCCAAAUGCAGUUCACCAGAAGAGUCUGAUAAGGAUCAUAUAGUUAAUGAAGAAAGUGAAAUGCAUGAAGACACCGAAGAAAUCAAUGCCUUACUCUAUUCUGAUGAUUCUGAUUCUGGUUCUGAUGAUGAUGAUGAGGUAACAAGUACAGGCCGUUCUCCACUGGCUACUAAAAUUACUUAUGGGAUGCAAGAACAGUUUGAGGAUACGAAGGAGGAGGUUGCUACCUCUGAUUGGCCAAACAAAAGGCAGAAGUUAAUUGACAGUGGAUACAAUAGAUUACUACCACGUGUGGACAGUGCUUGUUCGGUAAGACUAAAUGAAAACCAUGAGUAUCUCAGUGAUGCUGAAUCAAAGUAUUCUAGUGGCCGGGUGCAUCCUGCCAGGCAAACUAAUGAAGAUAAUUCUAUGGCGGGUGAUAUUCAAUUGAAAAAGGAUAAAAUCCAUGAAUCGUUGAGAGUUCUUGAGAGUUUAAUUCCUGGAGCAAAAGGAAAGCAUCCGAUGUUAAUCAUUGAUGGAACUAUCGAGUACUUGCAAUCUUUGAUGUCCCAAACUGGUACACUCGGAGUGAAAUCUCACUAAGUGCUAAUUGUGGUUAUAGUAUGUUGGUUGAAGGAUACAUGAAUGGUGAAUAAGGUUGUAUUCCUUGAAUUCUUAGCUUUGUUGCGUGAUUGGUUUGAGCUUAUUAGCAUGCUUGCUUUUUUAAUCCUCUUUCUCAAGGUGUGUUUAUAGCUUAGCAAUAAAAGGGUGAAAGCAGCAAUAGGUAGUACUGCACUUUGCCACUUCGAUGACAGAAAAUUGGGGUUUGGGAUUUUAAUUUGUUGACCAAAGUUUUUAUCUUUUAGCUUUUGGAGGAUUAAAGGUCACAGAUUGAAUGGAGGGGAGAUGGUAGUGGGUGGCUGCGCUGUAAAUGAGGACACUUUUUUCUCCCUCAAGUGUUGAAUUAUCUUGGUGAUUGAAUGCAUGCGCGUUAGGUAACUGGGGUCCCACUCUCCACCCUCCUUUUUCAUUCCUGAUUUUAUGCUUUUGUCCUCUCUUCUAAGCUUGCACGCAUAUCAUACUGGCAUAGACUCUAAAGCACCAAGAAAGUUUCGGAUGUUGGGGAGUGCUUGAAUGAGGAGCGUGGUGUUUUCAUCAUGAGUUGCUGGGGCCCUUUGUUGGAAUAUAGCAUUUGUGGUAAAGGGUACUUUGUUUUACGUGUUAAGAGGGUGGAAUGAUAGGCAAUUCUAUUUUGUACGUUGUAAUUGAGACUCUGAGAGGUGCUUUUGUGUAUUAUAGGUUUCUUUUUUAUGAUGCUAUUAUGUAUCUGUCCGUUGAGUGUUUUUGUAUGAAUGUUGGGUCAGUGGUGUAUUCUGGUUUGUACAUGUUGAGUAAUUG